GCGGCUUCCUCGCCUCCCUAUGAAGAGAGGGGUCGACGGAGUCGGGGGUUUGGCCUGAUUGACAGGGCGGCUGUCCGGGAAGGCAGGCGCCAGGAGCCGAACCUGACCUCUGCUGCCAUCUUCCCUGCCCGCGGGCCCUUGGGCUCUCUCCCUAGGCCACAGGCGGUCGCUCUCGCGGGCUUCAAAACAGGACUGAGCUUCAAAAAGAGCGCCUGACCCUCCCACUCCUUGCUCCAUCGCUUUGGAGUCUCUGUAUGGGAACUGAUUUGCCUUUCUAAUAAAGGCUUUACAAGGCAUAGGACACUUCCAAACCCAGUUGAAAAGGAAGUUUAAACUGGGGAAAAUUCCAAUCUUUUCUUAGUUGAAAGGUGCUAGGUUAGGCUAGCAGUGGGUGAUGGAUGAUGCUUCUGGGUUUUCUUGUACUCGUUUCCUUGUCCACGAUGUUUAUAGCUGGAAAAACUUUGAGUGGUCACUGUGGAGGUUUCUGAGCUGUGAAUUCUUAUAGAAGAUUGACAGUUCUGCCAACAUUUGUCUACAACAGAAGAUGGGUGGAAUAAUUUCAAGGUGGAGGCAGGCAAAGCCUUCCACUGUAGAAGUAUUAGAAAAAAUUGAUAAGGAAAUACAGACAUUGGAAGAAUUUAGGGAAAAAAAUCAGAGGCUACAGAAACUAUGGGUUGGAAGGCUGCUUCUCUACUCUUCACUUCUUUACCUUAUCACCUGCUUAAUUGUGUAUUUGUGGUGUCUUCCUGAUGGAUGGACAUCAAGGUUGCGUAUGACGCUUCCAUUUUUUGCAUUUCCAUUGAUAAUCUGGUUUAUAAGAACACUGAUCAUUUUUUUCUUUUCCAAAAGGACAGAAAGGAAUAAUGAUGCGCUGGAAGAUUUAAAAUCUCAAAAGAAAAAAAUACUUGAGGAAGUAAUGGAGAAAGAAACAUACAAGACUGCUAAAUUAAUCCUUGAAAGGUUUGAUCCAGAAUCUAGACCAAAGGAGGCUGAACUGCCAUCUGCUGGAACAUCUGCAGCCUCAAGACCUGGACAAGAAAUUCGUCAGAGGACCACUGGUCAAAGAAAUGCUUCAACCCCUCAGCCUGCAACUCCUAAACAAGGGUCUCCAAAGUCACUGGUUCCAGCAUCUCCCAAUCAGCAGAGAGACACAUCAGCUGUGAGCGGAACCCCAGAAAGAACUGUUGUGCCAUCCUUGCAGUCAAGUGUUUUACCAAGGCGCCCUGCUUCUCCUGCUACUCCAGUGCCUGGAAUGGGUCUUCAUCCUCCAGGCCCUCCUUUAGCAAGACCUAUUCUUCCUCGGGAAAGAGGAGUUGUGGACAGAGUUAUUGAAUAUUUGGUUGGUGAUGGUCCUCAGAACAGGUAUGCCCUUAUAUGUCAGCAGUGUUUUUCUCACAAUGGUAUGGCUUUGAAGGAGGAAUUUGAAUACAUAGCAUUUAGGUGUGCCUACUGCUUUUUCCUGAAUCCUGCAAGAAAAACUAAACCUCAGGCUCCAAGACUUCCAGACUUCAGUUUUGAAAAAAGGCAGUCCACAGAACUGCAAUCUGAAACUGAGCCUCUAGAACCUAGAGAGCAAAAGCCCCAGGAGACUCAACAGACAGAAGAUUCUGAAGAAGAUGCAGCCCAGAUCACUGAAACAGAUGAGACAGAUAAUGAAGCACCAAGUCCUGAGCAGCUAAAUGAUAAGCUAGCUGAAGAAGUUGUGAAAGAAACAGAAAACAUUUCAACAACUGGAGACUCAGAAAGAGAGUCUAUUUCUGAACGAAGUGAAGAAUCUUUAGUGAAAGCAGAAUAAAGUACUUCAAGUGCCUUCUGUAGCUAGUUUUCAGCUUUGUUCAUGCCUAUUGUUACUAUUCAGGUGAGCUUUUUUUUUUAAUGGUACCACCUAAAAGUCUUGCUUGAGCUUGAACUGCCUCAACUGCCACAGUAUGUCGAAGCUAUGUGUAGAAGUGUGGGUAUUGUAAAUUAAGUACGUGUCUUUAAGUUAGUACAGAGAAUGUGUAGUUGGUUGAAGUUGUAGCCAUCAUUCAGUUUGCAUAUUAAAAAAAAAUAAGCUUUCCUAAGGGUGAUGUAUAAUUUGACAUCUCUUUAGCUGUCACAUGUAAUGAACAAUUACUGGCAGCAGCUGACCUAGUAAGUUUGGUCUAGUGAACUUAAGAUACUUUUUAAUGCUUCCCUGUUAAAAUGAACUGAGUACAUUUUUAAAUACACAGAAGUUUACAAGCAGAAGUGUCAUCCAAAAAUUGACUUGAGCUUAUGAAAGUGUCAUUACAGUGGUGUUAAUGUUAUUCAUUGUCUAACUUUUUGACAGAAUUCAGUUAAAUUGCACUCGGAUAAAUGGCAUCUCCUUUGGUAUUUGCAUUGCAGAUGAACCAGAGGCACAUACAUACUCUUUUGUGUUUACAUAAAAUAUAGAAAGUCUUUGCACUUGAUUGUACUUGAAUACAAAGCACUAUUUAUACCUGUACAAUAAUGACAAGAUAAAAGUGAAUUUUGUGCCUUUGUGUAUUUUGUUAAAGGAAAAUAAAGAUAUCUAUCAGCAUUA